AUGGCGGCGAAUCACGGUGCCAGCAGCUACCAGCCUAUCGUACCUUUCACCGCAUCCUUCUUCAACAUACAAGCGUACUGCGAAUAUGUGGGUUCAUCAUUGACUUCCAUUGGCUUGAUCCGCAACGGUAGUCCCUUGGCGUGCACCAUCCCACUCCUCAUGUUACAGCUCGGCUUGGCCAUCCUCCUCUCCGCUCUCUUUCAUCGCCUCCUCCGGCCUCUCAAACAAACCAAAUUUGUUUCAGACAUGUUGACCGGAAUAUUGUUAGGACCGACAAUCAUUCAACGUUUCGGGGGCUUAGAGUUGUACGCAGAGGUAUACAAUGGUAAGCAUGCGGUGAUAAUGGAGGUGUUGGAGCUCUGGUGCUUCGGAUACUUGAUAUUCCUGGUCGGAGUACGGACAGAUAUGGGGGUGAUUUGGGCUUCGGGGAAGCUGGCAUGGAUUAUCGGCAUCUCUGCCUUCGCAGUUCCGGUGUCGCUGCUCCUUCCGAUGGGCCACUUCAUUGAAAAGAUAAAGUAUACGAUUUCGGAUGAAAUGUACAAGAGCUUGAACGCCAUCGCCAUCCUCGUAGUCACGACGUCAUUCCAUGUUACCUCCAUGCUUCUCGAGAAACUGAAGCUUCUGAACUCUGAGAUCGGCCGCCUGGCUCUCUCCGCCGCACUCAUCAGCAACGGGCUCGGCUGGAUAUUCAGGACUGGAGCCGCCGUCGUUUCCAAGAUCUUGAUUAUGAACCUCGAGUGGCAAGGGAUUGUGAGAGAAGAGACCUGCCGGGUUAUCUUCCUGAUAUUCACUGCGCUCGUGAUCCGGCCGUGCCUGGCCUUAUACGCGAAGAGGAUCCCGGAGGGAAGGACCAUAAGCGAAUCGCAUCUAGUCACCAUGAUUCUCUGCAUGUUCUCGCUUGGAUACGCGAGCGAAGCAAUCGGCACAAACUUUUACUUCUCCUGCAUGUUCUUGGGAUUCGCGGUUCCGGCGGGCACGCCGCUGGCAUCCGGCCUGGCCGACAAGUUCGAUUUUUUUCUUCAUUCCUUGCUGCUGCCGGCCUAUAUCACGGAUGUUGGGCGACAUAUCAAUCUGAAACAGAUUGAACUCUUGAGUUUUAACGCCAUGCAAAGCGUCAUUCUCCUCGCCUACGCCGGGAAAAUUCUGGGGUCGUUCGUGCCGGCUUGCCUCCUCAGGAUGCCGUAUGCAGAUUCUUUCACCAUUGGCCUCAUCUUGAGCUCCCAAGGCUUCUUCGAUGUUAUGCUCUUCAUGCGCGCUCUCAAGAACGGGUUGAUAAGUGAAGAGCUUUUCUCGAUCCUUACCGUAACAGCUAUGCUCUACUCGGCUGUCUCGACGCCAUUAAUCAGCUGCCUCUACGAUCCUUCGAAAAGGUACGUCAACUACAGAAGAAGGACGCUGCAACACAGCAAGCGCGACACUGAGCUACGGAUCCUUGCCUGCAUCCACCAGGAGGAGACUGUUUUCGGCUUGAUGAAUCUGCUAAAAGCAUUUUACCCCACUAAAGAGAGGUCACUGGGGGUCUUUGUUUUAGACCUGAUAAAGCUUGACGGCCGCGAGCAGUCGCUACUUAUCAACCACCAAAACCACCAGAAUAUCUCGUCCGACCAGACCCGGACUGGCCGGAUCAUCGGGGCCUUCCGCCACUUCGAGGACCGCCACGACGGAGCCAUGAGAAACCAUUAUUACACCGCCAUAACGCCGUACGCUUCCAUGCACGAGGAUGUCUGCGCGCUGGCGCUUCAGAAGAGGGCGUCGCUGCUGGUCAUCCCUUUCUACAGAUCCGAAAGCGUCAGCGAGAGGGAAGUGAAGCGGAACGUUCUCGACCAGGCGCCGUGCUCGGUCGGCAUCCUCGUCGACAAGAGGAUCGUGACAUAUUGCAGGGCCGAUUCCUUCAAAGACUUCAAUUUCCACGUCUGCGUCCUGUUCACUUGUGGCCCCGACUCCAGGGAGGCGCUGGCAUGCGGGGCGCGCAUGGCGGAGAGCCCCGGCACCAGGCUCACCGUUCUCCGAUUACUUGCGGUGGACGAACUGCUGACCAAUAUGGGGGAAAUGAAGCUUGACUUUAGAGCGAUCUCGGAGUUUCGGAGCUCCCACGCCGACCAAAAUGAUCGGGUCGAGUACAGCGAGGUACCUGUUGAAGACGGCGGGGAGACAUCGAAGGUGCUGCUGUCGAUGGACGGAGACUACGAUUUCAUUGUGGUGGGAAGGAGAAUCAACUUGCAUUCGUCGCUGGUUUUGGGGCUCACCGAGUGGGACAACCACUGCGACGAAUUGGGCAUCAUCGGAGACAUACUUGCGUCGUCGGACAUGAAGAACAGAGCCUCGGUGCUGGUUGUGCAACAGCAAACCACCGCCGAACGAUUUUGCCCACAAUAAGAACUAAGAAAGCGAUUCGUUGAUGAUGAAACAAUAAUUCAUUAACGUCACCCAUAUCAAACAGGAAUAAAUUAACUCCAAUUUUGGGAAUCAAUUAUACAUAAUUA